GGUCUCAUUUUUUUCAUUUCAUACAUCGGUCAAUUACAUUUUAAUCGCAAGCCUCUGCAAGCGUGAUUCUUCACAGGGUCUGGAAUAUUAUCUGUUGAUGUUACUGCGCUGCGUCAACGCGAAGCACUCUGACGAGCUGAACGAUCGUGUUCAAGACGUUCGCAAGAUUAUCAAAUGCCUCAACAAGGUCUCCGCCUACGCAUUGGUGGUGAAACCGUGUUUAUAUUUGCUGACGGCAUACCUGAACGUCAUCCGGGGUCGCAAGUCGGCCGAGAGAUUUUAUCUGCGAAAAGCCCGGAAAGCCGCGAACGCGCAGGGAAACACGUUGAUCGAGGCGUCGAGCAUACAAAACGAAAGGACGUGGAGUGAGAAAGUCUACAAUAAUAUGGCGCGCUACUGGUUGGAGUACGUAGAGUCGUUGGACUUCGUGCCGUGGCAGUAUGUUUGCAACUUCAACGUCAACGUGUGGUCCACGAUACUUUAUUCCUUACCGAUAUCCAAUACGUAUUUGUAGCGAGCAGAUUAUAUUCAACGUAUAUAAUUCCUUUUAUUCAAGACAGCAAAAGUGCCGUUCCAAACUCGUGUCACAUGUGUGUAUUUUUAACACAUAUAAUUGAUAUAUUUAUGUUCAAUUAUUGUUGAUGCUACGAUAGUUUCUCGAUCGCGACAAA